AGUUUUUUUGUUUUAGAACAAUCAAAAUAGCUUCGCUUCCUUCUCCUCUCUAAAAUAUAAUCUUGGCGACGAAGAACUUUGGUGAGGAGGAAAGAUCAGUGAGAUUCGAUUCGAUUCGAUUCGAAGCUAAAACUCUUUUUCAGUUUGGAGAAGACGAUGGAAGGAGAAGAAGAAGUGAGCAUUAACGAGUUGGCUUCGAAUCUCACUACCUACAAAGAGCAGCUCCAACAGGUGAAGCAGCUUUUGUCACAAGACCCUAGAAACUCUGAAUAUGCAGACAUGGAAAAGGAGCUUAAAGAGGUGAUUGCAUUGACAGAGGAACUUCUUGCAACCGCUAAGCAAAAUGAGAUCCCUCUUUCAGAUGCUGGAGCAACCGCUGAAUCACCCGAUUUACUUGAGGGUGCUUGGCAAAAAAUGGAAUCAAGGAAUGACCCAAUACAUGAGGGUAAGUUCCCCAUUGGAACAAAAGUUCAAGCUGUCUAUAGCGAAGAUGGCGAAUGGUAUGAUGCGACUAUUGAGGCGCAUACUCUAAACGGUUAUUAUGUUUCGUAUACUGAGUGGGGUAACAAGGAAGAGGUUGAUCCAGAUAAUGUGAGGGCAAUAGAGACCAAUGCCCUCUUGGAAGCAGAAAGAAUAGCUGAAGCUGCAAAGAAUGCACUCAAAAGAAAGAUUGAGCAAGCUGCGACUUCUGAUUAUCAAUCCAAAACUCUACCAGCAAAGCUUAAAAUCGAUCCUAACGAUCCCGAGGAUGUGAAAAUUGCAAAGCGUAAGAAGAUACAUGCUUUCAAGUCAAAGGCGAGGCAGGAGCAACUGGAGGUUGCACAGAACAAGAAACAGAAUGCGUGGCAACAGUUUCAGACGACUAAAGCUAAAACUAAAAAGGUAGGGUUUUUUACAGGGAGGAAGAAAGAAAGUAUAUUCAAAUCACCAGAGGAUCCAUUUGGGAAAGUGGGUGUGAUUGGAAGUGGUAAAGGGUUGACAGAUUUCCAAAAGAGAGAGAAGCAUCUUCAUCUCAAGUCUGGUAAUGAUGCUGAGGGUUCUAAUGAAUGAGAGAGAGUGAUUUUAUGUGUUUCUAAAGGAUUUUAAGGUAUUUACUUGAGUAGCAAUUGUUCCUGUCUCUCGAUUAAACCUCUUAAAACAGAAAGAUCUGAAACCCUUUUGUGGAUUUUCUGCUCUUUUGCAAGUUGAAUCGAAGAUUAGCUCCUUUUUCUUUC